GCAUGCGCGCUGGGGCCCCGCGCUGGGCUUGUCGUUGCAGCUUUAAGAGGGCUCGCGGCCUGGCGAGUCCGACCCCCCCGCCGCCCUGAGGGAACCGCCGGGCCCCCGCGCCUGCCCCCUCCUGCCGCCGCACGGCGCGGGGCCGGCCCCGGCACCCCGCGGAGCCUCCCCCCGGCGCCCCCCGAAGGGGAGGGAAGGCUGAGAGGGAGUGACCCCCGGCCCCUCGCCCCGGGCUGGGACAGCUGAGGGGGGGCGCAACAUGGCGGAGGCCAAGGAGGAGGGGCCCGGCCCCCGCGGCAGGUUCGAAGAUAAAUCUGAUGCGGUAUUUGAUAUUACAGAAAAAUGUGGUGAAAUUCUGGAUGCAGAAAUGUCUGAGGACACUGACCACAACUUAACACCUGCCCUCGACAGCAUCUCGUACAGAAUACAGAAUCGAACAGGAUCUGAAAACUCCCUGCUGGAUGAUGAUGAUGAUGAUUAUUUUCUGAACUCUGGGGAUCUUGCGGGCAUACCUGUUGUUGGGAGCGACAAUGAAGAUGAUCAAAAUUUUGCUCCAAAAGACACUCUUUCUUCAGCAAUGCACGAUGAAGACCAUCUGGAAGAGGGCAAGAGAGUUACAGAACAUGAACUGGACAGUGAAAAAGAAAUUCAGAUUCAGAAUGCAAUCCAAAAGGAUCUUGCUUCACCAUUUGAGCAGGGCCCUGUAUUUAAAUCAAUGCGGAAAGAUUUUAGCAUAACAAGAGAUAAUGGCAAAGAGACUUUUUCAGCAAAGGACAAGAAGAGAGAAGGACAUUUUCAAGAACGUGAAAAACGAUUGGAAAAAAUCCCUAAAGAUAUGGAUUCUAGAUUGAAAAGCAGUUUUCUUGACAAAGCAGUUCAUAAUCAAGUAGAAGAAACAUUACGGACGCAGUUAGCGCCACAAACUCCAGAAACUAACUUCAGGGAGUCUAGCUACCUAUUUUCUAGUAAGGAAUCUAUUGGACAAGAGCUGGGGAAUUCCUUUGCACGAAAUAUUAGAAUUAAGGAGGAGCCUUUGGAUGACGAAUAUGAUAAAGCUUUGGCCCCACAGCAGGGACUGUUAGACAAAAUUAAAGAUGAACCUGAUAAUUCCGAGGAGUACGGCCAACAGCCAAAAACUCAGGAAGGGGAGCUGAAAAUCAGUGCUGUAUUUUCAGUCAGUGGCAGUCCUCUUGCUCCACAGCUGUCAUCAGGUUUCCAGCCUGCUGUGGCGUCCUCUGGCAUGAGUAAAAUGCUUCCCUCAGUUCCAAGCACAGCUGUUCGGGUUUCCUGUUCGGGCUGUAAAAAAAUCCUGCAGAAGGGGCAAACCGCAUACCAGCGGAAAGGCUCGACCCAGCUCUUCUGCUCCACACUGUGCCUCACUGGAUACACCGCUCCAGCCUCCCGCCCACCAGCUUCUACCAAGAAAACCUGCUCAAGCUGCUCAAAAGACAUUCUAAAUCCAAAGGAUGUAAUCACUGCCCAGUUUGACAAUACAAACACCAGUAAGGAUUUCUGCAGCCAGUCUUGUCUGUCUACAUAUGAACUGAAAAGGAAACCUGUUGUUACUAUUCAUACUAACAGCAUUUCAACCAAGUGCAGCAUGUGCCAGAAGAAUGCAGUGAUCAGACACGAAGUGAACUACCAGAAUGUUGUGCACAAGCUGUGCAGCGAUGCCUGCUUCUCCAAGUUCCGCUCGGCUAACAACUUGACCAUGAAUUGCUGUGAGAAUUGCGGAGGGUACUGCUACAGCGGCUCUGGGCAAUGCCAUGUGCUUCAGAUAGAGGGACAGUCAAAAAAGUUCUGCAGUUCAGCGUGUGUGACAGCAUACAAGCAGAAGUCAGCUAAAAUCACACCUUGCACGCUGUGUAAGUCUUUGAGAUCUUCAGCCGAGAUGGUAGAGAGCACAAACACCUUGGGAAAAACGGAACUGUUUUGCUCUGUUAACUGCUUGUCAGCGUAUAGAGUGAAAUUGGUUACUUCUACAGGUGUUCAAGUUCAGUGCAACAGUUGUAAAACUUCAGCAAACCCUCAGUAUCACUUGGCUAUGUCAGAUGGGAGCAUACGCAAUUUUUGCAGCUACAGUUGCGUAGUAGCUUUUCAGAAUUUGUUCAACAAGCCCACAGGAAUGAACUCUGCAGUGGUACCACUGUCACAAGGUCAAGUUAUUGUCAGCAUUCCCUCGGGGGCAGCGGUUUCGGCAGGUGGCACCACCUCCACGGUGUCCCCCAGCUCCAUGAGCAGCUCGGCUGCAGCCGGGCUCCAGAGACUGGCUGCCCAGUCCCAACAAGUCACUUUUGCCCGCCCUGUUGUAAAACUCAGGUGUCAGCACUGCAACAGGUUGUUUGCAACCAAACCAGAACUGCUUGACUACAAGGGUAAAAUGUUCCAGUUUUGUGGGAAGACCUGCUGCGAUGAAUAUAAGAAGAGGAGCAGUGUCAUGGCUUUGUGUGAAUACUGCAGAAUUGAGAAAAUUAUGAAGGAGACAGUGCGAUUCUCAGGCGUAGAUAAGCCGUUCUGUAGUGAAGGUUGUAAACUGCUCUAUAAACAUGACUUGGCUAAGCGCUGGGGAAACCACUGUAAAAUGUGCAGUUACUGUUUACAGACUUCCCCCAAACUGGUCCAGAAUCACUUUGGGGGAAAAAUGGAGGAGUUUUGCUCAGAGGAGUGCAUGUCUAAAUUCACGGUUUUGUUUUACCAGAUGGCGAAGUGUGAUGGUUGUAAGAGACAAGGUAAACUCAGUGAGUCCAUGAAAUGGCAAGGGGAGAUCAAGCAUUUUUGCAAUCUGCUUUGUAUUCUGUUGUUCUGUAAUCAGCAAAGUGUUUCUGACCCUCCAGCCCCAAACAACACAGCUUCCUCCUCAGGCCCCCCUUCUUUGAGAAAGGACUCAACCCCCGUCAUAGCAAACGUGGUGUCCCUUGCGAGCACCCCUGCUGCCCAGCCCACGGUUAACUCCAACAAUGUUUUACAGGGUGCAGUCCCUACUGUGACAGCAAAAAUAAUAGGAGAUGCUAGUACUCAGACAGAUGCCCUAAAGCUGCCACCAUCACAACCCCCCAGGCUUCUGAAAAACAAAGCGUUGUUGUGCAAGCCAAUCACACAGACUAAGGCCACCUCAUGCAAACCUCACACACAAAACAAAGAAUGCCAGACAGAAAAAGAAGAAGUUCAACCCCAGAUCGUUGUGGUACCUGUUCCUGUACCAGUGUUCGUGCCAGUGCCCCUUCACCUCUUCACCCAGUACACACCAGUUCCACUUGGGAUGCCAGUACCUGUACCAGUUCCCAUGCUCUUCCCGACUACCUUGGAUAAUGCUGAUAAGAUCAUUGAAACUAUUCAGGAUAUCAAGGAGAAGGUUCCUGCGAAUCCGUUUGAAGCUGAUCUCCUUCAGAUGGCAGAAAUGAUUGCAGAAGAUGAGGAGAAAGAAAAAACACACUCUCAUGGUGGAUCUCAAACAUCUGAGCAUGAACUCUUCCUGGACCCCAAGAUAUUUGAGAAAGACCAAGGCAGUACCUACAGUGGAGAUCUUGAAUCAGAAGCAGUGUCCACUCCACACAGCUGGGAGGAUGAGUUAAAUCACUACACCUUGAGGUCGAAUGCCCUGCCAGAGCCAGACCCCGAGCUGAAGCAGUUCUCCAAAGGUGACGUGGAACAGGACCUGGAGGCAGAUUUUCCAUCAGACUCAUUUGACCCUCUCAGUAAAGGACUGGGUUUGCAGUCACGUUCUCGAGCAAGACGGAGACACAGAGAUGGCUUCCCACAGCCAAAGAGACGGGGCCGGAAGAAGUCUGUAGUUUCUGUGGAGCCCCGGAAUCUGAUGCAGGGCUCCUACCCGGGAUGCUCUGUUUCUGGGAUGACCCUAAAAUAUAUGUAUGGGGUAAACGCCUGGAAAAACUGGGUCCAAUGGAAAAAUGCACAGGAGGACCAAGGGGACCUGAAGUUUUCAGUUCGCCCUGUGAAACUGAAGGAGGACAUUCUCUCGUGCACUUUUGCUGAGCUGAGUUUUGGCUUGUGCCAGUUUAUUCAAGAGGUGCGGAGACCAAAUGGAGAGAAAUAUGAUCCUGACAGCAUCUUAUACUUGUGCCUUGGAAUUCAGCAGUACCUGUUUGAGAAUGGUAGAAUAGAUAACAUUUUUACCGAGCCCUAUUCCAGGUUUAUGAUUGAACUUACAAAACUUUUGAAAAUCUGGGAACCUACAAUUCUUCCAAAUGGUUAUAUGUUCUCAAGAAUUGAAGAGGAGCACUUGUGGGAGUGUAAACAGCUGGGUGCAUAUUCCCCUAUUGUUCUAUUGAACACACUUCUGUUCUUCAACACCAAAUACUUCCAACUAAAGAAUGUCAGUGAGCACCUGAAACUAUCCUUUGCCCAUGUUAUGAGACGCACCCGAACUCUGAAGUAUAAUACUAAGAUGACAUAUUUACGUUUUUUCCCACCCUUUCAAAAACAAGGGGUAGAAUCGGAUAAAUUAUCUGUAGGCAAAAGGAAACGCGGUGAAGAUGAGGAGGUCCCAACGGCAGUGGAAAUGGCUGAAAAUACGGAUAAUCCCCUGCGAUGUCCAGUCCGACUCUAUGAAUUUUACUUAUCAAAAUGUUCUGAAAGCGUGAAGCAGAGAAGUGACGUGUUUUACCUUCAACCCGAGCGCUCCUGUGUACCCAACAGCCCCAUGUGGUAUUCCACGUUGCCAAUAGACCCGGGAACCUUGGACAUCAUGUUAACGCGGAUUCUUAUGGUGAGGGAGGUACACGAAGAACUUGCCAAAGUCAAAUCAGAGGACUCUGAUAUUGAGUUAUCAGACUAACUUGAAGUGGGGUAUUUUCCUUUGAAUACACAUCAGAAGCACCAAACUGUGAAUACGUCCAGCCUUUGGAAAAUGUGUAACAACUAAGCCAAGACAAUGUCACGUGCAGGCACAUUUUGAACCACAGUAGAUGUACAAACUGGAACUGGAAGGAAUCAAGCUGUGUAAGCUGCAAGAAACAACGUCCUGUGGCACCAAUAAAUCCUCUGAACAAAUUCAAGAUGAACUCACCUAUUUGAGUGGUGCAUAAAUCCUUUCUCUGUUUGGGAUUUUUAAAAGUCGUGAGAUGUUUUUAAGGAAAACAGUUGUGUAAAAUCUACCAUAACACUGUUGGGCAUGGAGAGCUAGACUGUGGCUCCCGCGGCCUCUCAGCCCGCUGGCUGGCAGUCCGCGCUGCCAAAGAACACGUGGAGAUCCUCGAGCUCUUCACAGGGACAGGACAGAAAGUGGUGGUAUUUAGACAAGCAGACACCUUCCAUUAUAAAUACACGUACAUGUGCGCUUUUAUAAGUUUUUUUCUUUUGAAACUGGGAUCAAAUGUUUGGAAGGCAGAGGCCGCUGGCGUGUCUGCAGGGAAGCUUUGUGGAGGGACAGCUCUGGCUGCUGUUAGGCGGACACACAAAGCCAGAUCUAGCUCUGGGUCCAGGCUCACAGCAACGCUGUUGGUCUCGCCGUGAAGAGGUGCUGUAGGUCAGAGUUCCGAGCGAUCACGUUUCUGGGUAUGUACAGGAGAGUGGCUGUUCUGGGGUACGUGCAGCAAUCCCUUCCCUAGCCCGGUAGCUCUGCAGUCCGUCGAUAUCAUCUAGCAAAUACUGCGGUGCGCGGAAGUUUUUCUUUCCCUUAAGGCAGCUUUCCUUUCUCCUCUUCCCCUACUCCUAUGGUUUGGGUUAUUUUAUAAGGCAAAUCUGGAGGGCCUUGUCAUUUCAAAAGAUAAAGAUCCAUGCACUCUCUUACCGCCUUUGCAACGACAAAGGAUGCAGUAUUACUUCUGACAAUGGAACUAUGGUAGAAAAUUACCAUGUUUUGUCCCACCCCACCCAAAGAGACUUAGUCAUAGUGUUGGAAAUCGAAAGAGAGGUUUUUUGAAUUAUGUUUUUUUAGGCUUGGCUGUUACUGCAUCUUUUUGAGGAUAAAAGCUCCCACAUUGUGUUUAGGGGACAGGACAUUAUCAGAUACUGUCUGUAUCUCUGUUUUCUCAAGCUAUAGAUGUGUGUUUCUGAUGACCAGUGGUCACAAAUCCAUUUGAAACACAAACUAUUUUUAAAGAGACUUGUAUGGUUUUUAUCUAGCUCUGGUCAGUUAGCCAUCGUCUGUCACAGGGGUCUGGUGUUUGAUCUUGUCACUAAAAUUUCAAGAGAUGAAAAUCAGCAGCCUUGAACUAUAUUUCCUUUUUUGUUGUUUGUUUUCUUUGUGGGGUUUUUUUAAUUAUUUUUUUAGCAGUAACUAAAGUAAUUUAACAAAAAUAAAAUCCAAAAGUAGUCUAUUGACGUUGUGUACUCGGUAGUCCUGUCCCUGCCUGUAACAGAUUUCACUGAUGUAUUUUUUAAUACAGAAAACUAUGUGAAAAAGUAAACCUGCCCCUGAUUCUGUCUGAUCAAAGCCCACCUGUGUCUGUCGUUUCUGAUCAAAGAUGCUGCUUUGUCCGUGGCCUGGGAGACGUUCUGGCCGUAAUCCGGACCAGGGACCUGCCCAGGCUCAGUGCUGCUCCUUUGGGCUGGUUUCAUGUUCUGUGAACACCGACCUGGCCCUCCCCAGAGUUAUAUUAAAAUAGUGAAAUAGCAGGCACGGAUUUGGGUUGGUUUGCGUUGCAUUGGGGCAGCUGAUGGACCAUUUCAGGGACAAUGAAACUCUGGAAAGAUGAGCGUGUAGGGUUGUGCUGGUUGCAGAUGUGCCCGGACCCUCCAUGGCAGCAGGGCUGGGGGGAUCCAGGAAUUUCUGUGUUUGGAGGGCACGAGCCGUGGGGAGUGCAGCCUUUCCUUGGGGCUGGCAUACACCACCACAGCGGAGGUUUUGCCCUUCGUGGACAUUUACAGAAAUAUUCCCAUAGAAUAAAGUAGUGUAUUUGCAUCUUCUGAGCAACUUAUUUUUCUUUCUCUGAAGACCCACAUUUUCACAUAUAUUAGGGUUGGUUUUUUUUUUCCAGGUACUUGGAAUGAGAUAUUUGCCAUUUUAUCCUUUCAGCAAGGAAAUGUAAAUCACUUUAAGCUUGACGGGCUGAAAACAAAGUUGUUGAUCAUUGUGCAAACUCCUUUUACUCAGAGGCUCUGAGAUAAGAAAGGUUCCAGUGCAGUUCAAUGCUAUAAUGAACAGGAGUAGUUUUAGUUUCAGUUUCCUCUGGUCAGGUAUGUUGACUCAAGGAGUUGCUGCCUGGAGUUCACAUGGACUUACAAGCCAUAUUACCUUGAAGGAUUAAAAUACAUGUAUAGAUUACACACACACACGGGAUCAAAGUUCUGAACACAUAGACAAAGUUAUUUAUAUCAAACAUAAUCUCAAUUGUGUUGACCAUGUAGCAAUGUUUAUUACUUGAAAUAUUCUUUUAAGGAGAAAAAUUGUGCUGUAGUCUUGGUGUGGACAGAGAAAUGACAAAGAUGAGUGUGAGGAAUAGAAAUAGAAAUAGAAGAUGGUGCUCCCUGGGUUUCCAUGGUGGCUCCUCAGAGACUUGGAAUGAAACAGCAGCUCCCAGAACUGCCUCUGAACCUGCAAAAUCUUUGGAUUUUGGUAACAAUCUCAGUAACUGUCCUUAGUCCCUUGUGCAAUAGUUUCACUGUUGGCUUUAAAAAGAAAAGAAAUAGAAAACACCACUCAUGUAUAAAAUGCUUGCAGUGCUCUUCUCAAACCCCCAGCACCGUGCCCGUGGUCUGGGCUGCAGUUUGGCUCCCAUCAGCACAACAGGUCCCCUCCCUCUUUUUCUUCUAUUUUAAACAUUCCUAACUGAGCGGAGGCAAAAUUAAGGUUUGCUGCCUUCUGUUUCCCAGCUCUCAUCUGCAGGGUGAACCCCGGCAGCACCGUCAGAGCUGAAGAACAAAUAUACAACAGCUUUUCUACUUUUCCACUGUCACCAAUAGAUGCUGCUGCCAUGGAGAGUGCUGGCGCUGGUCCAGGGAGUGCUCAGGGCUGGAGGGGGGAUGUGAGUCAUAGAAUCUCAAAGGAACACAUUGGAUUCCUCCAGCCACACUACUUAAAUUUCCGCUGGACGUAAUGUUCACUAAGCUAAUGGUUUUUCACCAGAGAGAUGUUUUUCAGUAAAGCAAAACCUGAAGUAGCUUGUCGCUCACUUGGAGGGAAAGAGGGAGUUUAUUACAAUUAAGCAGUCAAGCCUAACAAAGCCUCAAACACCACAUCUCAAAACGCGCCUCAAGUGCACCGUUUAAUGAACACAAAUGCGGUCCAGCUCCCCACGGGUCAGACUUGUGGGUGGCACCAGCCCCACGAGCCGCAGCUGGUGAGCCUGGGGGUUCGUGGUUGACUGAGAUACGCCAGCAAACCCCAUACCACGGGUCUUAGAUCUACAAGCUAUGGACUUUUUAUACUCUCGUCUACAUAUUUACACCACAAAGCAAGCCAGAACAAUUUGGAAAGGUGUUUUUGACCUGCUGCAAGCCCGGCUUCUUCCUUUAAGAGAAGGAUGUGAUUGAUAACUCUCAACUUUCUCCCCAAUUAAGUAUCUGACUCUAUUAUAGCCCAGGAUCCAGAGUACACGUCACGUCACUACUGUUGUAUAGAUGAAGCCUUAUGUUUGUCCCUUGCCCGUCUGUACCUCGGUUGUACCCACCUGUAAAUUGGCCAGACUUUCCUACCUCGUUUGGGCAUUAAGAGGCUAAAUUCUGUAGGAUGCUUUGCAGCCCUAUGAUGAAAGGUGCUAUAUAACUGCAAAGUGUUACUUCAAGAGACUUAAAUAGGUCACCAGUGCAUCAUAACCUAUAUUAAAAAGACUUUUUCUUAUAUGAGAAUUUAUAGAGUUCAAUGUAUGGUAUUAAUAAGUGAAUUAUUGAGACCCCCCCAAAAAUAGUUUUUGUUUGAAUCGUAUCUGUAUUCUGGAAAAGUGAUUAAAAACCUUUAACCUUAAUAAAAGAGUACACCCUCA